AUGACCGACUAUAACCAGGGCUGCAAAAUCACCCUCUACUGGCUCGAGCAGUCUCGCAGCCACCGCAUUCUUUGGCUGUUGGAGGAGCUUCAAUUGAAAUAUGAGCUCAAGACCUACAAGCGCCGCGCCGACAAGCUGGCGCCGGCGGAGCUGAAGGAGGUGCACCCGCUGGGCAAGUCGCCCGUCAUCACCAUCGAGGCCCCCGGUGUCUCUAAGCCGCUGGUGCUGGCUGAGUCCGGCGCGAUCGUCGAAUAUCUCGUCGACCACUUCGGCAAGGCGCGCCCGUCGCUGGUGCCCGCUCGUUACCAGGAGGGCCACGAGGGCCAGGUGGGCGGCGAGCGCGAGGAGUGGAUGCGCUAUCGCUACUUCAUGCAUUACGUCGAGGGCAGUCUGAUGCCCUUCCUAGUGAUGACCCUGGUCAACGACACCGUCCGCAAGUCUCCUCCCUUCUUUGUCCGCCCGAUCACCAGCAUUGUCGCCGGACAAGUCGAGGCCCAAUUCCUGACCCGCAAUGUGGAAGGUAACCUGGCCUUCCUGGAGGACCAGCUGAAGACUGCGCCCGAGGGCGGACCCUUCCUGUGUGGCAAAGAACUCUCCGCGGCCGAUAUCCUGAUCAGUUUCCCGGUCAUCGCCGCGCACAUGCGGGUGAUGCAGGAUAAGAAGCAGAAGGACAGGUAUCCUCUCUUGAGCGCCUACGCCGAGCGACUGCAGGGGAUUGAUGGCUACAAGAAGGCCGUGACCAAGAUUGAGCAGGUUGAGGGCUCUUUCUCGGCUUCGAUGUACAACCUCACUUCGCCGGCGACGAACGCAGACGAGCCUGUGCCAACCCGCUUCAAUCCCACCGCAACCAUGGCCGGCCCCAGCAAGUCCCUGGUCCUUGACCCGGCGCUCCAGAAAUAUUACGAACUCAACGCCAACCGCUACAAGUACUUCCGUUGGAACCCGCGCCAUGCCUGGAUCUCUUUCAUCUACAUGGCUGCCAUCCCUGCGGCCUUGACCUUCGUGGCAUACAAGACCGAGGGCAAAUACGAGCUCCGCGGUAAGCGCAGGGAAGACACCAUCUCGGAGUGGUAA